CUUUUGCAGAUGGUUUUCAGCCCAGCCUCCAGUCCAUGUCCUAGUCCUGAUCCUGGAUCAGAGACUCCACUCUGGCUGCUGCUGCUGCUGCAGGUGUGUCCAAUCAGACAGGUGUGUGUGUGUGGGAGCUGACUGAUGAAGCUGCAGCUCUGCAGCUCUCAGUGGACGGAUCCUGCAGCUGGACUGGCAGACAUGCUGCUCUGUGUCUCCUACCUUCUGUUGCUUUGGGUGGUCUCUCUUCAGACAGAUGGAAACCAGAAUCAGACCCAGAAUCUGCUGAAUGUGACUCUGAAUGAAACUCUACAAGAACACUCGACCUUCUCUGCAUGGUUUGGUUUUAGUGAUGUUGCAGGCCUGCGCUCCUUCCCCGCUGAGCUGGAUGUGCAGACCAGGAUCAUCGGGGGCCAGGAGGCAUGGGCCAACUCCUGGCCCUGGCAGGUCUCCCUUCAGUUCUCAUCCAUGCCGGUCUGUGGCGGCGCCAUCAUUGGGCCACAGUGGGUCGUCUCAGCUGCCCACUGCUUCAGAAGGUACAACAAAGAAUCUCUCUGGAAGGUUCUGGCAGGAAAACAUGACCUGGAUAGGCCUGGCGAGCCAGGAGAGCAGCUGGUGGGAAUCUCACGGAUCAUCAGCCACCAAGAGUACGACACCUGGACCAAAGACAGCGAUGUGGCUCUGCUGAAGCUCAAGCGUCCUCUAGUUUUCAACGACUUCGUCAGACCCAUCAACAUCUGGAUGGCCCCAUUGCCUGAGAUGAUGAAGUGCACCAUCACUGGAUGGGGGUCCACACAAGAAAAUGGUCCUCGGGUCAACAGACUGCAAGAGGUGAAUGUCAGCCUUCUGGCAUCAGAUGUCUGUAAUGAGUACUACAACGGCAGAGUCCGCUCGUCCAUGUUCUGUGCUGGGAAGGAUGAAGGCGGGAUGGAUGCCUGUCAGGGGGACUCUGGAGGUCCACUGUCCUGCUUCACUGGAACCAGACAUGAGCUAGCUGGUUUGGUCAGUUGGGGAGUUGGUUGUGGUCGAGCAAAGAAACCAGGAGUCUACACCAAAGUCCAGCAGUACGUUGAGUGGAUCUCUGGCAUACUAAAUGAUAACAGGAUGUAUGAUGAUGGCCCCACAGUGGAGGCCACAGAGGAGAGGUGUGGUAAGCAGCGUAUCUCCAGCUGUGAUCAGGCUCCACGCACAGUUGGGAUCGCUGUGUCCCAGAAAGGGAGGGUCGGUGUGGAGAACGUGACUGAGUCCUGUUCUUUCUUCUGGCCAUGGAUGGUCAGCCUGCAGUCCAACAGACGGCACUACUGCAGUGGAGUGCUGAUCCACCACCGCUGGGUGGUCACACCCAAACACUGCAGUGUCAGUGCAAAAGAAGAUGUGGUUGUUCUUGGAGUUCAUGAUCUCAGGCAGAAGUCGACCCAAACCAUUCUGGUGGAUGAGGUCUUCAGCCCUAUGCAUGAUGCUAGUUUCCCUCCUCAGUCAGACCUGUCGCUGCUCCGCCUCAGUGUCUCUGCCAGAUAUGGUCCAAAAGUGUCUCCGAUAUGUGUUCCUGAGGAAGAUGAGGAGUUGGACGACAGCUGGUCCUGUUUCACAGCUGGAUGGGGCCAGACUGAAGCUGUAGAGGAGAUAAAUCCCAACAGUCUGCAUCACGCUGGACUGACCCUGGUCAACCAAACCACCUGCGUUCAGAAGUGGGGAGACCUUAUCAGCGAGGAUCACAUCUGUUCACAUCCUGCGGGCUCAGCUUCCUGCAUGGGAGACUCUGGAGCUCCGUUGUUCUGUCGGAAACGUGAUGCCUACUUCCUGUUCGGUGUGGUCACAUGGGGCAGCCGGCGGUGCAGUGCAGACAAACCGGCAAUCUUUACCAGACUCUCAGACUACCGUUCAUGGAUUGAUGACGUGACAGAACAAUAAAGAUGUUUGACUUGAA